GUGGAGGAAAGUGUAUAAAGUAUCUAAAAGAACAACAAGAAAAGCUUUAAAGGACCUCCAAGUUUUGCACUGAGAAAGCUCACCUGUUCCACACCUUUGGGCUUUGUGUAACUGUGUGUGUGUGUGUGUGUAACUGCUAGUGCAGAUUUCCAGUAGCACCUCAGGAUUUCUUCUGAGCGCGCGAUGAAGUGCAGGGCGUCGCAGAGGAGCGUGCGGGUGAUGAGCGUCGUUCAUUGGGCUGUGAUGCUGGGAUUGAUCCAGUGCGGCGCGCUCGGCGCGCGGAGGUUCCGCGGAGGUCGAAACCCGCAGCCACGACGCGUGCUCCCCUCCGCGCAGUCCCGCGACCGCGCCGAAACCACCGAGAGCUUCUCACUGGAUUUCACAGCCGUGGAAGAAAACAUGGACAACUUCAUGACUCAGGUGAAGAACCUCGCGCAGUCUCUGUACCCGUGCUCGGCGCAGAAGCUCGACUACGACAUGAAGUUACAUUUCCUGGAGAAUACAUCAGUCACCUGUAACGACGGGACCCCAGCAGGGUACUACUUGAAGGAGUCCAAAGGAAGCAGAAGGUGGUUAAUAUUUCUGGAGGGAGGCUGGUACUGCUUCAACAAGGAGAACUGUGACAGCAGAUACGAGACCAUGAGGAGGCUCAUGAGCUCCUCCAAAUGGCCACAAACCAAGACAGGCACAGGAAUACUGUCUUCACUUCCAGAGGAAAACCCACACUGGUGGAAUGCCAACAUGGUGUUCAUCCCAUACUGCUCAAGUGAUGUAUGGAGUGGGGCCACACCAAAAACUGAUCAAAAUGACUAUGCGUUCAUGGGUUCACUGAUCAUAAAGGAAGUGGUGAAGGACCUGCUCACCAAGGGUCUGGACAAUGCCAAGAUACUGCUGUUAGCGGGAAGCAGCGCGGGCGGCACUGGGGUGUUGCUGAACGUGGACGCAGUAUCUGAGCUCCUGGAGGAGUUGGGUCACACAAACAUCCAGGUCAGGGGUCUGGCUGAUUCGGGCUGGUUCUUGGACAACAAACAAUACCGCUGCACUGACUGUGUGGACACCAUCAACUGUGCACCCACAGAGGUCAUCAAGAGAGGAAUCAAAUACUGGGGUGGUGUUGUACCGGAGCGAUGCCGACAGGCUUAUGAAGGAAAAGAAUGGAACUGCUUCUUUGGGUAUAAAGUUUAUCCUACCAUUAAACGUCCAGUGUUUAUAGUGCAGUGGCUGUUUGAUGAAGCCCAGCUAACGGUGGACAACAUUCAUCUGACGGGUCAGCCCGUUCAAGAGGGCCAGUGGCGUUAUAUCCAGAAUCUGGGGACGGAGCUGAGGAACACUCUGAAGGACGUCCCUGCCAUGUUUGCUCCAGCUUGCCUUUCGCACGAAUUCAUAACAAGAAAUUUCUGGACCGACGUUCAAGUCAAGGGCACGUCUUUACCCAGAGCGCUCCACUGCUGGGAUCGCAGUCUACAGGACAACAGCAGAAAUAACAAAUCCCCUCCCAAAGGCUGUCCCAUGCACUUGAUUGACAGCUGUCCAUGGCCUCACUGCAACCCGACGUGCCCAACAAUCCGAGACCAGUCGACGGGACAGGAGAUGAACGUUAUCCAGUUCCUCAUGCACAUGGGCUUCGACGUGCAGAAGAUGGCCCACCAGCAGGGCAUGGACCCGAGUAAACUACUGGGCAUGCUCAGCAGCGGCAGCUAAAUGCUAAAAGGACUCGCUCCUUUCCCAUCAGUCCGUUUGAUACCUCCAAGCCCUUCACCCACCUCAGCUUUGACCUCAGGCUGAGCCUUGCCUUUAGUCGGGGCUCUGUGCCAAAUUUCUAUGGGCUUCCAUCUCCAGAUCCCCUCAUUAAUGAUCCGUUUAAAAGUCCAGCGUAUGCAUUUCCAAUGCAAAUUGUCCUCACUGAGCAGCUUUGGAGACGGUGGAGAUGCCCAAAACAGAGAUUUGGAACGGAGCCCUUGUCAGAUCCACCUCAGUUAAACCAUGGGCUGCUGACUGUUCAAAACCUUCCCAACACAGUACGGGUUAAAGUACUGAGGAAAACCAUGCAAACCGGGACAAGGUACACCUGCAUCUCUGCUCUUAAUUUAUCUUUUGGUUAUUAAAGUAUCACGAAUGUAAUCCA